GUAAAAAAGCGACGCCCUGUCUCUCACAUCCACCACCACAGAGAGCCCUCGGUUUGACUAAGCUAGAUUGGUUUAGAAACAGCAGUACCCACAACCCAAGUACAAUCCAGUUGUUCCUCCCCCUUAGGGUUUGGUUUGGUUUAAUCAAGACAACAACCCAUGGCGGGGUUCGACGCCUCCGAAUCCCAGCAACAACAAACCCAGCUGUUCAGCGUAGGAACAGAAGUGGAGGUCCGGAGCGACGAGGAAGGGUUCAAAGGAGCGUGGUUCAGAGCUACCAUUGUGCAGAGCCCAGCUCCGAGCUCAGCAUCGAAGAAGAGGAAGAAGGCUGUGGUGGAGUACAAGACGUUGGUCACCGAAGACGGGUCUCAGCCACUGAAAGAGCACGUGGAUUCCGCUUAUAUAAGGCCUCUGCCGCCUCACGUGGCUGACCAGGAUCUCGAAGAAGGCCACAUAGUCGACGCCGACUACCGUGACGGCUGGUGGACCGGAGUUAUCCGCAAAGUUAUCAAGAAGAACUCCAAAUAUAGUAUCUUCUUUGAGAACCCGCCGGACGUUCUGGAAUUCGAUAGGGAUCGUCUGCGUCUCCACGAGGAUUGGGUUGCCGGCAUUUGGGUCCGGCCCAACAAGCAGGAGAUACUGGGUGCUUCAGAUUCUCAACCAGAGGAAGAGCAUUUGGUCAAACUACUGCCUGUACAGAAUGGUUCCAACCAUCCUGAGGUCAGUCAGGUGGCUGCACAACAGAAAACCACUGGUGCUGCAGGGGAUAACCCUGAAUCAACUAAUUCAAUGAAAAAUCUUGAGGAGCAGUCAAGUUAUACCCAAAGCAUCAAGGAUGUAGCGCCUAAUGGUAUUGCUACAGACUCACGUCCUUUAAAAAAGUUGAAGGACGACAAAGUGUCAGAGGCUACAUCAUCUGGUACACCACGGCAAUUGAGGAAAACUCCCAAUGAUAAAGAAAUUCUAUCUGAGUUGGCCACUGGGAGCAUGGAAAGCAGUGGAACUAGAGGAUCAAGACGAGUAAGAAAGCCGGCUCUUAGUCAUCAGCUUUUUCAAGUAGAGAGCUUGCAUGGUGAAAAGAAAGUUAAGACAAAGCAACAGAAAGAUGGUGAGCUAGAUAACCAGAUGCAUUCUGUCAAAAGUAAAGGAAGGCGCUCACAGGCUCUAGUUGGAAGUUCCCAGGAAGCGGUAAUAUGUGCGCUUCCUAGUCAAGAGAAACAUAAGGAAAGAGGUAAGGAAGAUUACAGAGUUAUUGGUUCUGCUGGAAAUGUUGUUCAAAAGGAGGGCAUAAGUAAAGAAGCUGAAUUACCUCUCAUUACUGGGUCGCAAGUCAAUGGAAAGGAGGCAGCUCAAUAUCCAUGUGAGAUUCCCAACGAAGAGUUGCUGAAGCUCAUGAUAGAUCAGAAGAAGAAUGCAAACGGUCAAGCACAAGAAGAGAGCACGGAUUUUAAGCAGCAACCAACUGAUUUAAGCAGCCACAAAAGAAAGAGGGGCAGACCUAGAAAGUUGGUGAUCGUAAGCUCACAAGCCUCACAGGGAGUUAGGGAACUAAAUGGAUCAAAUGUUGCUGACAAAAUUGCUCUAGAAGAUCAGAGACUUGACGAAGUUGCUUUGCAUGUUCCCGAAGGUCAGGAUGCUUCAGAUUCGCAAGAUGCAUCUAGGAGAAAUACAGCUGAUGUUCCUGGAACAAGGGGUAUACCAAAUGAAGCUGCUAGGAUCCGUGUUCAAGCGUCACAAAAUACAGAUGAUGAUGACCGACCUCUCUCCACAUGGUUUGGUGGAAUGCAGGGUGCAGCAAACAUGGAUGAAUUAAGUAAGACUGUUGAACAAGUUAGGCAUGCAAGAGAUUCUACUCCAGUUGAUUCAGUCAAUGACUCUGUGCCGCCAGAUGAGAACCAAAUUAUGCCAUUUGUGAAGAGCUCCCCAAUCUGGAAAGCAAUCGAAUCGUUUGACGUGUUCAGAAUAAUGCCACAAAAUCCUCAUUUUCGUCCCUUGGUUAAAUGUAAAGAGGAAUAUCGUGAGGGGUUUGCUAUUGGCAAUAUGGUGACCUUUUCCAGUUUGGUGGACAAGAUAUCGAGUCUGCAUUUUGAUGAUCCUACACAGGUUUUUGAUAGCAUUUUGGAGAGUCUUCUUGACUUGGAAAAAUAUGGAUUCAAUGUUACCAUUUUACGUGGGCGUGUGAAUGAACUUUUGUCUAUCAAACAAAGGCAAGUACAGUUUGAGGGCAAAUCAAAAGAUGCAGAAAGUAAGAUAGUGAAGCAAACUCAUGAGAAAUCAAAACUUGAAGUUGAGGCUGAUAGUAUCAAGAAAAGAAUAACUGAGUUACAGGAGAAGCAUGCAUUGAUCAAGGCAGCUAUAGGGUCUAAAGAACGUGACAUUGCUAGCUUGCAGUCGAGUGCUGAUGCUAUCAAUGAGAGCAUUAAGAAUGCACGUUCUGACUUUGAAAAGACAACUUUGCUCCCUUUGAGAUAGGCCUUUAGAUAGUCUUACCUACAUGCUUAGCUUUCUUGGAUGGGUAAUAACCCACGCUGAGAUUUGUUAAGUUUCUUCAGAGAUGGGGUUUCAAGCUUAUUAGGUAUCAGUUUGGAGACUUGGUUGUUCUUCGCUCUGGAUUUUAGCUUCUAUCUAGUCUUCAUUGCCUAGUUAGGGAUGUUAAUGUAUUGGCUUGCCUAGAUUUUAACUUCCAUAAUGUAGUCUUGAGUAGCAUAGUUUGAUGGUUAGGAAUUGGUGUAGUCUAGGUUGUAACAUUAGUAUUGUUGAAUUGCAAGAUUUAGGAAUGUUACUGUAUUGGCUUGUUGUCCGAGUCUCUUGCCAAAUGAAGAAGCUCUUUCUAAUGUAUGGAUAUUCCAUUUUCC